AUGUCAAACCGAAAUAAUUAUUUUCAUGGUGCACGACAUUAUACUGAUCCAACACCAUCUCGAUACAAUACAAAAUAUAAUAAACGUAAUGGUACAAAAGAUUAUCGUCCACAACCUAAUCGUCCUCGAAAUGGUGGAGAUGAUGUUGAUACACUUAUGUCAUUAAUGGAUCAUCAUUUACCAACUAAUAAUAAUCAUAUACAAGAAUCAGGUUCAAGAGGACGUGGGCCUAGAUCUACUAGAGGUCGUCAUCCAACUCGUUCAACUCCUCAAUUAAGGCAUUCUCAAAAUAAUCAAACAGGUUGGUGGCGUAUUACAAUUCAACAAGCUGGUACUAUUGGCAAAGAUCGUGUUAUGUCAACAUUAAAAGCUCAUUGUCCUCGUCAAUUUCAACCUUAUCAUUACUUUAUUGAUUCUAACACUAAAGCAGGUGUUUUCUUCGUCAAUAGUCAACAAGAUGCUGAUAUGUUAAAACGUGCUAAUGGCAAAGUUGAAGUUCAAAGUUUAGAUAUACUUCGUAUUAUGGUAAGUCGAGUUACAGCUCCAGUACCUGCAAUAGAUGUAGAUAUACGACCACAUUUUAAAGAUUUUCUACUUAAUCGUCGAUUUGAUCAACAAAUAUUCAAAUUAGAUUUAACAAAUUUGGCUGACGAUGAAGAAUUGAGUUCUCUCGGCAUCUUUCCUCAAUUCAAUAAACAUGCAUUCAUACGUGAUGUUGUUGAUAUAAUCAAUAAAGAUCUUCCUAUGACACGGCAAUUAGAUUUGGGUUCAAAUAAUAUUAUGAAUUUAUAUGAAUUUCGUAAUCUUCAUUUGGAUAAUCUUGUUCUUCUAAGCGUUGCAUCUAAUCAAUUAAAAAAUGUGGAUGAUUUUGAUAAUCUUAAACAAUUACCUAAUCUUGCUCAUAUAUUUAUUAAAAAUAAUCCAUUAACAUUAUCAAAUAACAAACGAUCAACAUCAUCAAUCGACGAUAUAAUCAGUAUUAUACAACAAAAAUUACCACAACUCAAACGCAUCGAUAAUGCCGAACUUAAACCAGCUAUUCGUUUUGCUACUGAUUUUGAAACAACAACUUUACCAAAAACAAUACAACAUUGUGUACCAAGUUCAAUGGAAGCAUUUUUAGCAAAAUUUAUUGAUGAAUUUUAUCGAUUAUUUGAUACCGAUGGUCGAAAAGAUCUACACGCUUGUUAUCAUGAUUUAUGUAUGUUGUCAUUAUGUAUAACAACAGCAGAAAAUUCAAUUAUUUCAACACGACAAUAUAAAUAUGGUGCAUUAAUAUAUGAAUCAAGAAAUUUACAAAGAGUUAUUGAUGAUAAUAAACGUUUUACAUUAUUACGACAUGGUAAAACGGCUGUUUUGGAUUUUUUAAGAGUUAAAUUUCCAUUAACGAAACAUGAUGGAAAUUCAUUUCAUGUUGAUGUUAUUUCAACAGUUAAUAAUCGAGCUGUUUUUACAGUUAAUGGUCUCUAUAGAGAAACGGAUCAAGGUACAAAUGGUCCUGUUCGAUCUUUUCAACGAACAUUUACUUGUGCACAAACUUCUGCUGGUGUACUUAUCAUAGCGGACCAUAUUAUGCUCUGUAAUGCAACUGAAGCUCAAAUUUCUAAUAUGAAUCGAUCAUCACCACCAUCUUCAUCAUCAUCAUCAUCAUCAUCAUCAUCACAACCAGUACCUAAUCAUACUAAUUCAAAUACAAAUGAUGACAUACAAAAUCAAAUGAUACUUAAAUUUUCUCAAGAAUCAGGAAUGAAUAUUGCGUAUUCAAGAUUAUGUUUGCAAGAAAAUAAUUGGCAAUAUGAUAUAGCAGCACAAGUAUUUCUUGAUGCUAAACAAAACAAUAAAAUUCCACCUGAAGCUUUCAAUAAAUCAUAA